AGCCUCCGCGAUUGCAUUGGUGGUGUGAUAGGUUCUUUCUCUUCUAUCUAUUCGUUUCUCCUCCACCUUCUCGUCCAGGACUCGUGAGCUUCGUUGAAAGAGCAUUUCCGUUUCAACCGAGAACUCAGGAGCACCAUGCGUCCGAUUAUAUUCUUGUUGCUGACAUGCUGUUUGAUAGCCAGUUCUAAGGCAGCAGAAGAUGAUUAUGAAUACGAAGAUGAACCUGCACCAGCACCAGUAACACCAGCUGCUGCUAAACCCGCUAGCAGAUUAGGAAGUCUAUUGUCUGCUAGAGGAAGAGCCCCCGUUGGUGGUCGGAAAUCUGCAUCACCAACUUCAACAACACCUAAACAAGUUGAACCAGUGGUUGAUGAAGAGGGAGAGAAUGGAGAGGAGUUUGUUGAUGAGAAUCCUGAUCAAGAAGAACCACAGACUACCACAACGGAAGCAUCAAAGAAACUGAGAACAGCAGGAGGAGUUAGGCCAUUCAGAUCUAAUGAAGAUCUUUUAGCUGCUUUGAAGAGACGUCGAGCUCAAGUGGGAAGCUUCACUAAAGAACACACAACGCAUUCACCAUCUGAAUCUACCACUUCUAAAUCCAAAACAUUGGGAGGACGUAGUAAAAGUACUACAACAAAUGAUUCAUCAGUAAAAUCAGCAACUCGUGGCAGAUUUGGUGGUAACAGUAGAGGAAAAGUUCAAGAAGAAGUAGAAGAAAGUCAACAAGAUGAGAUUCAAGUAAAGGCCAAGCCUUUCCGCAGAGGUUAAUUACCAAAAGAUGAAGAUAAUUUUUAUUAAAAAAAUUUUGAUGAAAGCCAAGAAAAAAAUAACUAAUUCUAACUUAUCAAGAUUUUGAAAACUUUUAUAAGUAAUUUUUUUAUCAAUUGAUGAAAUACUUUAGAAAUAUUUCUUUAUAUAAUUAACAAGUUGAUUGAACAUUUUCUUGUCCUUUCACAAGAAAACUCAAUGUGAUAAAUAUUUCUGAAUUUUCCAAAGUACUAAGGAAAAAUGCAUACAACUACCCAUCAAUUUAGUGGGACAUGAAAAAAUGUAAAUAGAUUGAUGUCUGAUGACUAUGAUUUAUACUGUGUAAAUGUUGAUUAGUAAUAAAAAAAAAUUUAUUUCACAGAA